AUGCCUGCUGGAAGUAGCUACGCUAAAACCACGCCAUGUGCACGGACAUCUAUCCAGGAACAGUGUGUAGAACUGCAGCGAAAGCUUCAACUUUUAGAUGGAGGAAGAAAGGCAAUGUAUGAGUCUGCCCAAAUCACGACUCGGCGGAAUAAGGAACAAAUUGCAUUACUGAGACAGCAGGUCAAGAAUUUGCGUGAGCAUCUGGCUGGUGCGAUGGCUGGAGAUGAGGAGGUAAUCAAAAGCGCAUUUAAAAACCGGUACUCAGAUGGCGCUGGCAUGAAGAGAAAGACAGGAAAGGCAGCCAUAACAGCUGUGGAUGAGAAGGUUUGCGAUAGCAGAAAGAAGCUGAAUGCUCUCAUCCACAUGUCUGCGGUGAAGAAGAAGAAGCUUAACGAACUGCAGACUCGUUACCGCGAGAUGCAACGCGAGGUAAAAGAUAUCAGUGCAGCCGAAAAGAUCGAGAGCAAGGAUACCACGAAACUCAAAGAAGUGGAAAACAGGCAGGACAAGAUUCAGCUAAAGCUCCAGGAAGCUGAGAGAAUUCAAAGAACCUACCAGCAGAUACAGUCCUGCCUGGAGCAGUUGUCUUGUGGAGACAGAAUAACGACAGAGUUCAGAGAGCAUCUAAGCGCGGAGAUAGCGCGACGUGACAAGACAGUACGACAGACAGAGGAAGCUCUCAUCCUAUUCGUCGCAAUCAAAUCCGGAAUCGAAAACCUAACGGAAAAACUGCAACUCGUAGAAUCGCCGGAAGAUGCGGAGGAGAAGUUGGAUCGCUGCUCGGUCGAUUACCCCGUGCAGCUGCUCGGAUCUUGUCGCGAUAAACUCGCCCGUGUUCUCGUUGACAUCAGUGAGGGAGAGGAGCAGGCGAUGGGAGAGAGAGAGAUGCAGGAAGAACUCGUGAAGACCUUAGAAUCCAGCGUUCCGCAUUCUGUGAGCCGCGCCAAACUUCUCACUGCUGUGCCAAGCACCGCCUUCAACGAUGACGAUGACAGCGGGGAAGAAGUGGAAGUGCUCACUAGAGCAGCCAUCAAGAAACAGGCUCAGGUUCUAGCCAGCAUGAAGGUCAAGAAAGGAGGUCGAACGCCCAGAAGGCAGCGAUAGCGGGGGUCGGGCGGUUAACCCGUUGCAUCUAGAGGUUGGCUGCAGUGAUUAUGGCAAAGCCGUGCCGCUAGUGUGGGGCCAUGAGAUACAAGCGUGCCUAUAUAAAAGGAAGCACUGUGGGUUUG